AUGAGGCCAGCAGGGCAGCAAGGGAAGGAGCAGGGGCUCGCUGGGCUACGCGGCCAUGGCAGGGGCCAUGAGAACUUGCUGAAGGAGGAGGGCACGAGCUUCGUGCGGGAGGUGGCUGACGACAUGGGGCUCGGCGAGGAAGGCAGGACCGACGGGAAGGGAGAGAAGGAGGACAUAAAGGCAUUGUGGAUAUAUAUAAGAAGACCCAAUGGAAGAAGCAAAGGGAGGAAUGCCAACAACAAGAGGCUGCAGCUAAAGGGAAACCCUGAGCAAGAGAAUAGCCGGUCUUGCCGUUGCGAGUGUCCUGCGAUGGUCAGAUUACUAAGAGCUAUAGACAAUGGAUGGUACACUGUAGAGCACCGGUCAAGUCACAAUCAUUCCAUGUCUCUUACGUGCGGAGAAAAGGUUCAUUGGCCAUCCCACAAACACAUAGACGUUUACACAAAAGACUUGUUGAAACAACUUAGGGCAGACAAUGUGAACCUCAACAAGGUGUAUAUCAUAGUUGGCAGCUUAUUCGGUUCAUCACAGGGUGUACCUUUCACAAAAAGGUCAUUGCACAAUCUGUGUGGGCGAAUAAGCCGAGACCAAGCUGAUGAUGAUGCCAACAAAACUCAAGCCGUGUUCAAAGAGAUUCAGCAUAACGACACGGAAUUCACCUACAGAGUCCAGGGCGAUGAGGAGAGCAGAAUCAAAGACCUUAUGUGGACAAACGGAAACAGCAAGUUGCAGUACAAGUUCUUCGGCGAUGUUAUCACAUUCGACAUGGCGUAUCGGACGAACUUGUACGACAUGCCCUUUGGUUUGUUCGUUGGAGUGAACAAUCAUUUUCAAAGCAUAAUACUAGCUGGUAUUUGGCAUAUUCUUAAGAAGGCAAAAGAAAACCUUGGCUCACUGUACACAAGCAAAAGCGAGUUCAGGGCUGAAUUUCACAAAGUCGUGAAUCACAUGAUAAGUGAAGAGGAAUUUGAGACUGCAUGGGGUGCACUUGUUGAGAAAUACAAUUUGAAAUCCCACAAUUACAUGAGAAACCUCUACGAGAUACGUCAUAAGUGGGCGAAGCCAUACUUCAAGGGUGUCUUCUGUGCGAAAAUGACCAGCACCCAGCGUAGCGAGAGCGCCAACAACAUGCUGAAGAUUUACAUGCCGCCAGCUAGCCCAAUGCAUGUAUUUGUGCGCCAAUACAUGAGGCUUCAAUUCGACCAUGAAUCAUAUGAGAGCUACCAAGAGAAAAGAACAAGGAUAUUUGGUGAGAAUCUGUUCGAAGGUGGAUCAUACCAAGUUGAGGAAGUGGAGAAGAAAAAAAGAUACAUCGCAAGGCACAAUGACGCUGAAAAACGAGAGAGGUGGAGCAAGGUGGAAUAUGUGGUGACCAUAUCCGACGAUGGUGAUUGAUUUGAUUGUGAAUGCGGGCAGUUUGCACACAUGGGGAUGCUUUGCUGCCAUGCCUUGAGGGUUAUUUGGUCCCUCCUAACUUACGUGUGAUCUGUUGUCAAGUAUGUUUUCGUAACAGACUUACUCGCUUUUCUCAUUUACUCAGGUGAUGGAUCACAUUGGCGUGCAGGAGAUACCAAAGCGGCACAUUUUAAAAAGGUGGACAAAAGAUGCUAGGGACAUCUUGCCACAACACAUUG